AUGUCUCACCCGAGUACUCCCAACAAGGAGGCCCAGGUGACUUUCUCGUCGCAGUCAGGCGCAGGGGAUGUCGAUGCGGCCUGGAAAUUUCUUGACCAGAAUCGCGAUGCGGCGGGAGCUUCAGAGGCUGUUGAUAUUGACAAGAUGAGGCGCAAGAUUGAUUGUCAUAUUGUUCCGUUGAUGUUUUGCUGCUAUACGAUGCAAUUCCUUGAUAAAGUCAUUCUCAACUAUUCUGCUGUGAUGGGCCUCAACCAAGACCUUAAGCUACAGGGAAACGAUUUCUCCAACAUCGCGACAUUUUUGUUCGUUGGCCUUCUUUGCUUUGAGAUUCCCAACAUCUACUUCCUCCAGAUGAUUCCUGCUGGAAAAUGGCUUGGAGCAAAUGUCAUCGCUUGGGGCAUUGCCACAGCAUCCGGAGCUGCUGCGCACAACUACCGAACCCUUCUUGUCUCUCGCGUAUUCCUAGGAAUUUUCGAAGCCACCAUUGGCCCAUCCUUGAUGCUUAUCAGUAGCCAAUGGUACACCAAGUCAGAGCAAGCUCCUCGAUUCUCGUUCUGGUACCUUGGUCUAGGCCUCGGACAGAUCAUUGGCGGACUUGUGUCGUAUGGCUUCCAGCAUAUUGGACCUGAUGCGUCGCUCGCGGGAUGGCGCAUCAUGUUCAUCACUCUUGGUCUCGUCACUGUCACCAUCGGUCUGGCUACUCUUGUCUUUCUCCCGGAUACGCCCAUGAAGGCCAAGUGGUUGACAAACAGCGAGAAGGUCGCACUACUGAAGCACGUCAGCGUUAACCAAACCGGUAUCCAGAGCCGUAAAUUUCGCCCCAAAGAGAUCCUGGAAGCCCUGUGUGACCCGCAGCUAUAUCUCAUGCUUCUCUCAGUCGUUCUUCUUUCGGUCUCAUCUGGUGUAGUUACUACUUACUCUGCCACUCUGAUCCGGAACCUGGGGUACAAUCCUAAGAAGGCCGCGCUUAUGAACAUGCCAUCUGGUGUUGUCAGUAUCUUUUUCACCUUAGCUGUCGGGUUCGGAAUCCGACACCAGUCUCAUCGCUGGGCUUGGAUCAUCGCUUGUAUCAUUCCUGCUAUCAUGGGAGGCGCCUUGAUGUCUUUUCUACCUUCAACCAACCGAGCUGGCUGUCUCGCGGGUAUCUACCUAGUCAACGCCGUCGUCGCCCCCUUGACCAUCUUUUACAACUGGACAGCUGCCAACUUCGGAGGUGCAACCAAACGAGCCUUUGCUGCAGCCAUCGUCAGCGGGUCAUUCUCUCUCGGCAACAUCAUCGGCCCCCAGACAUUCCAAGCCAAAGACGCCCCCGAAUUCCGGCCCGCCAAACUUGCUGUCAUGGGGACUCAAGCUGGUUGUGCGUUGACAACCUUUUCGCUGUUCAUGUACUAUGUCUGGGCAAACAAGAGACGUGAUGACCGCACCAAGCAGGUAGAGGAUGCUUAUAUGUCUCCCGAGGUUUGGUCGACUUUGACGGAUAGGGAGAACAAGUCUUUCCGCUAUACUUAUUAG